UUCAACCAGCCCUCAGUAAGCGUGCAAGUUAAGCGAAAACAACUUAACCAGAGCCGAUAUCCGAGGAAACAGAUUGAAGACGAACAGUUGUAGAGAGCCGUAACUGGCUUUUUAAAGUAAUAUUUAAAACCAAUCGACUCAAACUUUAUCGUAUAGUCGACGUGUUUGUGAAGAACAAGCCGCACCAAAAUGUCGACUGAAGCUGAGAAACCAGGCCAAGGAGGGCCCGUGAAUGGCAAACCCAACCACGAGCCAAGGAAGGAGCGGUCCCAGAAGCGCGGUGGGGGGCGGUUUGAGCCCUACGGGAACCCGUCCAAGAGAUACCGCGUUUUUGUCAGCAAUAUCCCUUACGACGUGAAAUGGCAAGCUCUCAAAGACCUAAUGAAAGAAAAGGUGGGUGAGGUAACGUACGUGGAACACUUAAUGGACGCAGAAGGCAAAUCAAGGGGUUGUGCUGUGGUUGAGUUCCGCACCGAGGAGCUGAUGAAAAAGGCCGUGGAGAAGGUGAACAAACAUGUGCUAAACGGACGCCCGUUGAAGGUGAAGGAGGACCCAGAUGGUCUGAUAGCCCAGCGAGACGCUCAGCGUGCCCAGGGUGGGGGUGGCGGAGGCCCCCCUGGGGGCAUGGGUGGUGGAAUGGGCGGAGGUAUGGGCAUGGGAAUGGGAAUGGGACCAGGGCCUGGCGCCCCGCCCAUGGUCAACAUCCCCCCCAGCCUCAUGAACAACCCCAACAUUCCCAACGAGAUCAUCCACGGACUUCAGGCCGGCAAAAUAGGAAGCACCGUCUUCGUUGCUAACCUGGACUAUAAGGUGGGCUGGAAGAAGCUGAAGGAGGUGUUCAGUAUGGCUGGAGUGGUGGUGCGCGCCGACAUCCUGGAGGACAAAGACGGGAAGAGCAGAGGCAUGGGGACAGUGACCUUUGAGAUGCCCAUCGAGGCUGUUCAGGCAGUCUCCAUGUUCAAUGGACAGCUCCUAUUCAACAGAGUCAUGCAUGUUAAACUGGAUGAGAAAUCUCUGCCCAAGGACUUUGGACCACCAGAGAGACCUCCAGCACUCCCCCGUGGUCUGAGUGGCAUCGGUCUGGGCCUGGGGCCGGGCGGGCAGCCCAUCGACGCCACCCAGCUCAACAGAGGUGGAGGAGGAGGAGGAGGCGGCAUGAACAACAUGGGCCCCGGAGGCAUGGAUGGAAUGGGUUUUGGUGGCAUGGGUCGAAUGGGGGGAAUCGAUAACUUCGGCGGUGGAAUGAACAACAUGGAUCGUUUUGGACCCGGUGGAAUGGGCAGGAUGAAUGAAAUGGAUCGCGGCAUCGGUGCAGCGUUUGACAGAGAAUUCGGUGGCCGUAACGAGAUGGGCAUGUCUCGCAACAACUUUGGAGACUUUGACAGGGGAAUGGGAAACUCCUUGGGUAUGGAUAGAAUGGGUUCUGGUAUGGACCGUCUUGGCGGUGGAAUGGACCGCAUGGGUGGCCUGGACCGGCUGGGCAUGGACCGAAUGGAUCGCGUGUCUGAUCUGGACAGGCUUGGAUCUGGGUUUGAUCGUAUGGGCUCUGGGCUGGACAGAUUGGGUUCUGGCCUGGACCGCAUGACCUCUGGAGUGGACCGCCUGGGACCGGCAGGGUUUGACCGUCUGGGCCCGUCCAGCUUGGACCGCAUGGGCAGUGGGAUGGACUUCAGCUCUCCUCUCGGCAUGGACAGAAUGAACACCGGGCUGGAGCGGAUGGGAACCAAUUUUGACCGCAUGGGCGGAGCCGGUCACGACCGUUUCCCUGCCACGGGACUCGACCGCAUGGGCUCCAACCUCGACCGCAUGGGCUCUGGAACCGGAGGCCAAUUUGACCGUCCCUCGGAUCUCGAACGUGGAAACUUCGGUGGUUCCUUCAGCGGGACUGGCACCGGGGCGGGAGCCAACGCCAGGAAGGGCUGUCAGAUCUUUGUCAGAAAUUUGCCGUUUGAUUUCACCUGGAAGAUGCUGAAGGAUACCUUUAAUGCAUGUGGUAUGGUGCAGUACGCUGAUAUUAAGAUGGAGAACGGCAAGUCCAAGGGCUGCGGCGUGGUUCGCUUCGACAGCCCGGAGACGGCGGAGAGAGCCUGUCGCACCAUGAACGGCUUCCGACUCAACGGGAGGGAGAUCGACGUCAGGAUCGACAGGAACGCAUAAAACCACCCGCCACUUACUCCUCCACCACACCCAUCCCUCCAUCUUUUCUCUCUCUCUCUUUUUUUUUUUUUUU